AAAAAAAUAUACGUAUUAAAAUCUGUAUUCUAUGUAAACACACUAUCAUGGCCAUAGCAAGUUACUUUGUAAAUAUUUUUCAGUGUGUUGUUUUUGUUUAGGCGCCAUCUGUUGGACAAAUUGAAUCAUCACAUUAGGUUCGAAAUGCAAGUUCAACAUUUUUCUUUGCAUGAUCAAAUUUGUGUUACGUCUUCAUAAUGUACGGAAAAUGCAUUUAUUAUUUAAUAUUGAAGCCAAACGUAAUUAAUUCAGUUGGAUUUUGGUUCAAAAUAGUUGCCUGUGUAGUCAAUCCAAUAUUUUAAGAACUGCCACGAGGCUUCCUUUAAAGCUUGAUAUUGUUUCCAGGAAUAACUUAGAUUUCCACAUCCCUCAUUUGGCCGGAAAACGUCUGCUUACGUGCCAAAAAUGACACUGGCCUCAGUUUUAUACUAAAACGUUGUUUUUUCUUGAAGAAAGUAAACAUGCGUACAUUAUAAAUAUGCGCAACAUAAGUUAUUUGAAUUGCAUGAUAUGCAGAUUUUAUAUAUCGAUUGAAUAUGUGUCAGGCCAUCUGGAGUGUAUUACGAUCAGCCUGUGAAGACCUGCCUUUCCAGCAUCUUCUUUCGGAUACAGUCCCAGAAUUUUAAUUGAAUAACAUACCAGUUGCUUGGACCACCACUUUGCUCUGCCUCUGUUUCACCAGACUGUCUUUAGAUAAGAAGGGAAGUCUUUCAGUUUUACUACACAACUCACACUAAACUAGAAGAAAAGACGUUCUGAGUGCAAAAAAGACCAAAUAUACAACAUGUUUUUGGCAAUCAUACUUCUACUGUUUGGCACGGGGCAAACCCAGAGAACCAGUUCUGAUUUUAUGAUGCAGUAUUUUCAGAGACAACUACAACAGCUGGAGGGACGAAUGAUCAGAUGUGAGCAGGACUUCCAGCAGUUCAGUCAAAGGAUGUACGACAUGUCCAAGGAGAUACACGGCCAAACAAAUAGGAUGAAUGUGUUAAGAUCAGAGGUCAAAGAUCAUGUGGACACCGUAGCUAUGCGCUUGGAUCGCUUGGAAAGGGAUGUGGAAUACCUGCACAAUAAUAUUCCUGACACAGCUCAUAUUGAGAUUGAGGACUCACUGCUCGACCAACAAGUUAAAGAGGCCAAACAUAAAAAGACGGCUGGAAUUCCCAAAGACAAAGAUUGCAGUUCUGAGGUCACGGGUAUCAAGUCCCUAAAAAUUGUAAAGAAGGCUGGCGACAUCGCUGGAUCCUGGAUGAAGGAUCCAACUAAGGGUUCUUCUAAGAUUUACUUUUUUAGUGGCACUAAAAACAGUACACUUUUGGCGUAUGCCUCUUUGAAGACUUUCACGGACACAAACUCUACCAAAAAGACCGAAGUCAUCCAUCUUCCUUUCCCUUGGCAUGGAACAGGCCAUGUGGUCUAUAACGGCUUUGUAUACUACCACCGUGCCGACACCAAGAACGAGAUCCUGAAGGUCCACCUCAGUAACCGCACGGUGACAGAUCGAUUGUUGCUCCCUGCGGCUGGACUGAUGCCUGUAUAUUCCCUCAACCCUCACACCCUGCUGGAUCUCGCUUGGGAUGAAAUGGGCCUAUGGUCGAUCCACGCAGACCCGGACUUUGGCGACAACUUGGUGAUCACCAAGCUGGACCACAGCAGUCUGGCUGUGGAGCACACCUGGGAUACCAACUGCAACAGCCGUGAAGCAGAAGCAGCUUUCAUGGUCUGUGGGACUUUGUAUGUGGUCUACAACUCUAACUCUGUUGGGAGGUCAAGCAUCCAGUGCGUGUUUGAUAUUCACGAUACCAUCUACACUGAGAGCACCCCAAUGCUUUUCUUCCCAAAGCGUUACACCAGCCACUCCGCUUUACGUUACUACCCCAAGGACAAACAGCUCUAUGCAUGGGAUGAUGGCUAUCAAACCAUUUAUAAGUUAGAUUUUAACAAAGUCACAACAACCUAAGUGGAACAAAGUCUUCAUGGUGCAAUCCUGUAUUCAGUUUUAUAAUCACAUAUAAUCUGUUUUUAAUAUAAUAAACCUCAUUUUUCUUG